CUCGAUUUGAUGAAACCCAGCUCCAAGAUAGCUUCUAGGAUGUGUUCUUCGCACUUUCUCUCUCUAGGGCUCUGUUUUUGCUCUGAAAAUCCCAUUCUCCCACUUUUGGCUCGAAAUUGGCUGAAAAACCAAGAUUUCCCGACUCACACGGGCAGGCCACACGGCCGUGUGGCUCACCCAGUUGCCCGUGUGAGUCAAAGCGCGCCGUAUCAAUUAAGUCGAAGCUCAGGCUUCCCACACGGCCAGGGUCGCACGGGCGUGUGGGAUUUCCAUCCAGCCCGUGUUUGCUCUCGGCGAAAAUCACACGGCCACAAUUGUCAGUUGCACGGCCGUGUGAUGUCCCGGACUGCCCGUGCGGCUUCCUUGGCACCUCGCCACGCGUCCGAUCUUCGUCCAAUCGACCCCAAACUCGCUCCCAAGCCUCCAUUCACGUACUAGGACCUGAAAUAUCACAAACAAGCACAACCUAGCGUGAAAUCGGCCUAAAACCCGAGAAUCAACACCUCAAACGGCUCAAGAAUAGGGGUGAAAACAUGUGUAAUUAACGGUCUAUCAGUAACCCUAGUGUCAUGCUCAUGAACCAAUGAUCUAAU